GGCGGCGCGGGAUGCGGCCGCCGUGUAGCGGGAGCGGCCGCCGCCAUGGGCCGCGAGUCCAGGCAUUAUCGGAAGCGCUCCGCGUCCCGUGGGCGCUCCGGGAGCCGCUCCAGGAGUCGUUCCCCGUCGGACAAAAGGGGCAAACGUGAGGACAGGCGCUCCAGGAGCAGGGAUCGGGAUCGCAGGCGGGAGAGGUCCCGCAGCAGGGACAAGAGAAGGUCCCGAUCGCGGGACAGAAAGCGCCAAAGACGCUCGAGGAGCAGAGAAAGGGAACGGAGCCGAGAGAGAAGACGCUCCCGGAGCCGGGAGAGGAGGCGCUCGAGGAGCAGGAGUAGAGGGAGACGGUCUCGAUCCUCCAGUCCAAGCAAGAACAGGAAAACAGAGAACAGAUCAAGAUCUAAAGAAAAGACAGAAGGAGUAGAAGUUUCCAAAGAAAAGAAAAAAGACAAGGAUGACAAGGAAGAAGAGAAGGAUAAAGAUGCUACCACAAAUGCUGUGGCCACUGAGAAUUUUGAUCAGAACAAACUUGAAGAAGAAAUGAGAAAACGAAAGGAAAGGGUGGAGAAAUGGAGGGAAGAACAACGCAAGAAGGCAAUGGAAAACAUAGGAGAGCUGAAAAAAGAAAUUGAAGAGAUGAAGCAGGGGAAAAAAUGGAGUUUAGAAGAUGAUGAUGAUGAUGAAGAGGAAACUGCAGAAGGAGAAAAAGAAGGCAAUGAAGUUGAAGAUGAAGAGUUAGAUCCUUUGGAUGCUUAUAUGGAAGAAGUAAAAGAAGAGGUCAAAAAGUUCAAUAUGAGAAGUGUGAAAGGUGGAGGUGGGAGUGAAAAGAAGUCUGGACCAACUGUUACCAAGGUGGUAACCGUGGUGACAACCAAAAAGGCAGCUGCAGAGUCAGAAAAGAAGAAAGGGGAGCUCAUGGAGAAUGACCAAGAUGCAAUGGAGUAUUCCUCAGAGGAGGAGGAGGUGGAUCUUCAGACUGCCCUGACUGGCUAUCAGACCAAGCAGAGAAAGCUGCUGGAACCAGUGGAUCAUGGAAAGAUAGAAUAUGAACCUUUCAGGAAAAACUUCUACGUUGAAGUACCAGAACUGGCAAAAAUGACUCCAGAAGAGGUGAAUGUGUACAGGCUGGAGUUGGAGGGAAUUACAGUCAAGGGAAAAGGCUGCCCCAAACCAAUAAAAACCUGGGUACAGUGUGGUAUUUCCAUGAAGAUUCUCACUGCCCUCAAAAAACAUGGCUAUGAAAAGCCCACUCCCAUUCAGACCCAGGCUAUCCCAGCAAUCAUGAAUGGACGGGAUUUGAUUGGCAUUGCUAAAACAGGAAGUGGAAAAACCAUUGCAUUUCUGUUGCCCAUGUUCAGACACAUUAUGGAUCAGAGAGCAUUAGAAGAAGGAGAAGGUCCCAUAGCUGUCAUUAUGACACCCACUCGUGAGUUGGCUUUGCAGAUUACCAAGGAGUGCAAGAAGUUCUCAAAGACACUUGGGCUUCGAGUUGUCUGUGUUUAUGGAGGAACAGGAAUCAGUGAACAGAUAGCUGAACUCAAAAGAGGUGCUGAAAUUAUUGUUUGCACACCUGGACGUAUGAUUGACAUGUUAGCAGCUAACAAUGGUCGGGUGACAAACCUCCGUAGAGUCACGUACGUUGUGCUUGAUGAAGCAGACAGAAUGUUUGACAUGGGCUUUGAGCCUCAGGUUAUGCGCAUUGUAGACAACGUCAGGCCUGACCGUCAGACUGUCAUGUUCUCUGCUACCUUCCCCAGAGCUAUGGAGGCCCUGGCUCGGAGGAUCCUCAGUAAACCCAUUGAGGUGCAGGUUGGAGGCAGGAGUGUUGUCUGUUCUGAUGUGGAGCAGCACGUUAUUGUUAUAGAAGAGGAGAACAAGUUUCUGAAGUUGCUGGAGCUGCUGGGACACUAUCAGGAGAAAGGCUCCGUUAUCAUAUUCGUAGAUAAACAAGAACACGCUGAUGGGUUGUUGAAAGAUUUAAUGAGAGCCUCUUACCCUUGCUUGUCUCUUCAUGGAGGUAUUGAUCAGUAUGACAGGGACAGCAUCAUCAAUGAUUUCAAGAAUGGAACCUGCAAACUUCUGGUGGCCACAUCUGUCGCAGCAAGAGGUUUGGAUGUUAAACAGCUGAUGCUGGUGGUCAACUACAGCUGCCCCAACCAUUAUGAGGAUUAUGUGCACCGAGCAGGCCGCACCGGACGGGCUGGCAAUAAAGGCUAUGCAUACACAUUCAUUACUGAGGAUCAGGCACGGUAUGCUGGUGAUAUCAUUAAAGCUUUGGAAUUGUCCGGGAAUCCAAUUCCUCCUGAUUUGGAGAAGCUCUGGGCUGACUUCAAAGACCAGCAGAAGGCUGAGGGAAAGUUGAUCAAAAAAAGCAGUGGAUUCUCUGGCAAAGGCUUUAAAUUUGAUGAAACAGAACAAGCUUUGGCUAAUGAAAGAAAGAAGCUACAAAAAGCAGCUCUUGGCCUGCAGGAUUCAGAUGAUGAAGAUACAGCUGUUGAUAUUGAUGAACAAAUCGAGAGCAUGUUCAAUUCAAAGAAAAGAGUAAAAGACAUGGCAGCACCAGGAACUUCAAAUGCUCCAACACCAUCGGCUGGGAAUGCAGAAAAACUGGAAAUUGCUAAAAGAUUGGCUUUGAGAAUCAAUGCCCAGAAGAAUCUUGGGGCAGAGGCACAAGUAAUGGUCCCCUUCCACUUCAAGGAUGUGAUGCAGCAGGCUACAAAUGCUAUCCUGAGAGGAGGCACAAUUCAAGCUCCUACUGUGUCUGCCAAGACCAUUGCAGAGCAACUGGCUGAAAAAAUCAAUGCCAAGCUCAAUUACGUACCCAUAGAGAAGCAGGAAGAAGAAAAACAGGAUGGAGGACAAAAUGAAUCCUUUAAGAGAUAUGAAGAAGAAUUGGAGAUCAAUGACUUCCCACAGACUGCCAGAUGGAAAGUUACCUCCAAAGAAGCACUGCAGAGAAUCAGUGAAUAUUCUGAAGCUGCUAUUACAAUCAGGGGAACUUACUUCCCUCCAGGCAAAGAACCCAAGGAAGGAGAAAGAAAGAUUUAUUUGGCUAUAGAAAGUGCCAAUGAACUGGCUGUACAGAAAGCAAAGGCAGAAAUCACACGACUUAUAAAAGAGGAGCUCAUCAGAUUGCAAAAUUCUUACCAACCAACCAACAAAGGAAGAUACAAAGUUCUAUGAGUAUUUGGAGUUCUCUGUCUGUCAGCAGCUGAUAUUGACUAUCAUUGCAGUCAAUAAGCUACUGGGACAGGCAAGACCUUUCUUUUUGAGGUCUCAUCCCCAUAAGCAUUAGUAUUCGUGGUGGACAGUACUUGUCUGGAGAAGAAGCAGUAGCAAUUUGAAUUGUCUCAUUCUAGCAGCUGCAAGACUUUCAAGAUGAUGAUUUUCGAAAGGACUUUUGUAGAAAGCUUUUCUUAACUGACACAUGGAGAAGAAAUGUGUCAUUUUAAACCAGCUGUGUAUAUACUGCUUUAACCCUGGUGAAGACAAAUCAUACAAUCUGCAUCGUGGCUGUAUAAAUUCACAGCUUCUCUUUCCAGACUUCAGGUAAUUCAAGUGACUCUUUCUGCCUACAGCUGUCUGUAACCCUGUCAGUGCACCUUAUCUGCAAUAUAGGAAAGGAAAGGAAUGAUUAUACCAGCUUUACAGUCUACAUUUAGGAUGAGAACACCCCUAAUGUAGUACUUGCCAAUAUUAAUACAUGGAGUAGAGCAAGAGGAGCAGCACACACAGUAGCACUUCUCAAAACUUAAAAUAGAAAGCUCAAACUAAAGCCCUGUGAUGCCCUUUAGAUACAUCAGGUUUCCUUCCCUUAAGAGCUGGGGUUUGAUGUGUUUCAUACCACUUGUUCUUUGAAUUGUCUUAACUUUUAGACAGUGUCCCUUCCCAGAAGAGCGACAGAUUUUGGUGUAUUUAAUGAAGAGCACUUGCAAGUUUGGACAGCCUGACACUUCUUUAAAAAUCUUGUUUCAAAAUGUUCAUACAUAUAUUGGUAUCUCCUAAAAAAAGCAUGGUGGAGACAUUUUUGUUGAAUUUCAGAGAUGCAACAAUGUAUAAUCUUUAACUUCCUGGGGUUUUUAAAUGCAAUGUCAAUAUUCUUAUGUUUUUUAAAUUCCAGCAAAAAUAAAAAAUAAUUUCAAUGUA